CCGCCAAAAUGGCUUCCACGUCCAAACGACACCAACGGCAUCCUCUCAGAGAUGAAGAAAUCAAAUCUGUACUCUUCGACAUCCUAAGAGGUAGCGAAGACGACAACUUGGGCGAUUCCGGGAGCGAUGAUGAGUAUACCGAGCAGCUGCCAAGUGCGGCUAGUGAAACCAAGAGCUCAAGUGAAAAUUCCGAAGACGAUGAGGUGACUUAUACACACACACAAAAAACAAACCCCAAAAAAGUGUGGCAUUGGGUAAAGAAGGACAUCGAUUUCAAUUUUGGUGCAGAACAGAGUGUUUUAAAGCCGCGUAGUGGUUUGAAGGCCAUUAAGACCCCUUUGAGCAUGUUUCUGCAACUUGUCGACCAUGAUCUUCUUGAGUUUCUCACAUUCGAAACCAACAGGUACAGAAUUCAAGUGAAUCGCACUAGGAUCCUGCCAUUGUCGGUACCAAAGAUGCGGAAAUUUAUCGGCAUUGUACUCUACAUGUCGGUUGUUGACCUUCCUUUUAGAAGAAUGUACUGGUCGGCCAACACGCGUCAAGCUGACGUAGCAAACUGCAUGACGAGGAACACGUUUGAUGAAAUAUUGUCCCUGAUUCAUGCUAGCCACAACAACGAAGAAGUGAAGAAGGGGGAUGACGGGCUAUGACAGCCUGAGGAAAGUACGCCAUUUG